UAAUCGCCUUUUCUGCACCCUUAUUCUCAUGUGGGAGCUCGUUAAAGCCCGCCGUCUGAAAGCUGCGAGGGGGCUGCUGGUUUCGGCGCUGUUGUAGGGACGGAGAGCUUUAGAUCGCCUCGCCGUUUCACUGUAUUCAUUCCUGUGCGGGAGGAAGAAGGGGAGGGAGAAAAAAAUGUGGUGUUACAUUGUAUCGAUCUGCCACCGAGAGUCAUACCGUUGUAUCAGGUAUUAGUAUUGAUCAUCGACGCCUCGCAAUCGGAAGUGAAACAUGACCUAAAACAAGAGACACUGGGUCCACUGGAAGCGAUUUGUUCCUCUCGUGUCAUUUACAAACUGACGGCUCAUCACUUGCAAGCGUUCCAGGAUCCGGUUGCCUAGCGCCAUGGACAAGAGCCACACAGUGAAGCUCUUCGUGGGUAACCUGGCAUUGGACACCACGCAGGAAGAGCUGUCGGCCAUCUUCGAACCCUACGGUCAGGUGGUCAGCUGCAGCGUGCUGCGGCAGUUCGCCUUUGUGCAUCUGCAGGGGGAGGGUGCUGCGGAGCGGGCCAUCCGGGAGCUCAAUGGACGGGAGUUUCGUGGUCGGAAUUUGGUGGUGGAGGAAUCGAGGGGGAGGCCGCUGCACUCCACCAAGGUGUUUGUGGGUAAUCUGAGCGGCAUGUGCACCACAGAAGACCUCCAGCAGCUGUUCCAGACGUUCGGGAAAGUCCUCGAAUGUGACAAAGUCAAAGGCUAUGCUUUUGUUCACAUGGAAAACAAGGAAGAUGCGCUACAGGCCAUCGAAGCCCUGCACGGCACCUCCUUCAAGGGCCGGCCCCUGUCCGUAGAGCUCUCCAAGGUCCAGCCCAGCAAGCAGGCGCCGACGGGGAAGAUCCCGUGUGUGAACUGUGGGAAGCAGGGCCACUAUGCUGGAGAAUGCCCUGUGGGGAAACCUUCUCUGGAGCAGUACCAGAGUCAGGCAGCGGUCUUGGCUGCUGCCGCCGCUGCGGCCGCCGGCCUACCGCUGCAGGUCCAGCAAAGCGUGCACAAUUCAGUCUACAACACCUCCACCUUUGAUCCCACUUAUGCUGCUCUCACAGGGAUUACCACCGGGACACGCACAGAUGGGAACCCGGUAAAUCCAGCUGUUUAUGGUGCCCUUGCCAGCCAGGUGUACGGUGCCAACGUUGCCAAUCAGCUUUACGGAACGGUGGCCAAUCAGGCCGCUCUCACGUCAGGGGCCACGCAGGUAUACAGCUCCAUGACACCUAAUAUUUACGGUCAGGUGGCUGCGUCCCCAGCAGCCGCCGCUGCUGCUGCCGCCGCUGCCGCUGCCUACACAACUCCGGUUUACACCCCGACGAUGGCCAACCACCCCGUCUAUCUGGCCGCGGCUCCUGGGAUAGAAAUGCCAACAGCGGCGGCCGCCGUUAAUCCUGCCUACUCUGUAGCGCCUGCGAUUUACAGCGCCGCCGCACCAGCCUACGCUCAGUUAAGCGCCAUGGGAGCAGCGGACCCGACUACGGCUAUCUUUGAGGCUGCCAGGCAGGCGCAUUACUUCGCCCAGGGCCAGCAGGUUGUGGCUGAGCAGCAGACGGCAGCUGCCGCCACAGCAGCAGCUGUGGCAAAGUCCGGAGAGAGGGAUCGUAGUCCACUGCGAAGGUCGGCACCUCUGCUUCCGGACCCUGUGAUGAAGCCAUUUAUGUACCAGAGGGCCAAGCCACGCCGACCCCUGCUGCCCACGCCAGCUGGUCGAGCAGCUGAAGAGGCAGUGGAAGCCGCAGAAGACCCCAUGGCCAGGUACUACGCGGAGUACUACCAGCAGCUCCAGCAGUACCCACAGUUCCAGUAUGCCUACGCAUCACCGAGCACAGUGACCGCCAUCCCUGGCAUGCCGGGAAUGCAGGCCAUGCAAGCGGUCCAAGCAGUUCAGGCUGUCCCCGCGAUGCAAGCCCAGCCCGUCGCCACGCUGGAUGCACUCAGGCCAGUGGUCCCCGCCGCUGCGGCAGUGGCAGCCGCCAUGGCUGCGCCCAGGGUGUAUGAGCCGCCGUUGCCGCCGCCCACGCGCAAGGAGGCCAUCCUCCGCCGCCCCGAACUCUCCCUUCACACGCCUGAGCCCCCCUUCCGAUAGUCGCACACAACUCUCUGCCCGCCCCUCCCUCUUUGCCCUGAACCCCUCCCACCCUUCACCCUCCCUCACCCGCCCCAAUCUCCUCUUCCAACCCCAAACUUGACCACCUUACAGCAGCUGUAUGUACGUGUGUGUGUGUGUGUGUGUGUGUGUGUCUGGGGGCUCUAAGUGUGUGGUAUUAAACUGGGGACUCCUUGGUUUAUUAACCUGCUUUAGGAGAAACUUGAUACGCCAGCCUUGGUUCAGUUUGCACGCACACACAGUGCAGCCACCGAAAGGGAGGCUUUCAUCUGUCGCGCGGGCAUUCUUUGUGCUUCUCAGUUUUACUUUUUUAUCGUGCCAGUCUCACACUUGUGCCAGUAUUAGGCCGACCCGCUCGGCCGUUUCAUAUAUGCCUUUAUUUCCGCAAACCCAGUUAUGAUUUUCUAAGGCCGAGACCUUCGAUUGACGACAUCAGCCAUCCUCCUUAGGCCUAGAUGAUCAGUUAGGGCAGCUAAUUUGAAACCUUUUUUGCCUUAUGUUGAAGAGUUUCAAUUUGCAACGUAACCAGAUGGAAAGUCAGGGCGACGCUCUCGCGCGUGACGGCUGCGCUGCGUCGCGUCCGGCCGAACCAAGGUUGAGUCUUCUUUGUUUUUUGGUUUGUUUGGUUUUUUUUCGAGGGACGUUUUGUCUUGAAUGUGACGUGGGCUGUGACGCGUGUGAGAGGUGAGGGCUUGCUGACCUUGCAGCGCACAAACGCAGCAGCAAAAAAAAGAAAAAAAAAACUGCGCCUUGCCGAAAAGGAAAGGAGAGAAAAAAAAAAGAGUAAAGCACACAUAAACGUACUGUAAUGUAUGUUUGGAUCUCCCCUUUGACUCCCUUUAUUUUUUCUGAACCCCCCCCCUCCCCUCCUCCCCUCCCGCUCCACCCUUACUCUAACUGCAGCAAUGAAAGACACUGCUUCACCUCUCCCUCUCUCGCUCUUUGUAAUUACAGCUGCCUACCUCUUACAGCAAAUUUCAAUGUCUAUUCUUUUCUAUUGUGUUCUCUUAUAUUGUCGGCAGUUCCCGCUCCUUGUAAAGGGACAGGGUCAGCAGUUUAGAGGGGGAGGAGCCAGAUAUUACCGACAGUGACUUUUUUUUGUAGAUGUUCCGUAUGGAGUCCAUCAUUUUCAGAGGCCUUUUUUAAAAAUAGUGUAAAUGUGUUUUUUGUUGUUUACCUGUGACGUAAGUCAGCCUGGGAUGUGAUGAACUGUAAACGGUGGUGAAAGGAGGGAGAAAAAAAAUCAAUGUGUUACUACUGAGGGAGCAGUUUACAAAAGGAUCUUUUAAUCGCAUCCUGUUAGAAACCACGAUGGUAUGUGACAAGCUCAAUCAUGUGCCUAUAAAGCCUCGAGUGAAGUGCAUUAAGUGGAGGGACCUCCCAUUUUUAAGUGCUUUUGACAUUAUUUUUUAAUCAUUUCAAGGAGGGCGGGGGGAGCCCGACCUCCAGAGCUUUAGUAUCCAGAAGGCUUGGAGAGCGAGCGAAGCUUUCUCUGGGAUUUGUUUCACAGCUCUUAAAAGAAAAAGCCACAAACCGAGCCUUCACGGGUUCGUUACUUUACUAGCUGCUGGUUAAAGCAGAAACGACAGUGAUAGCACCAAUGAAGUGAGAGGUGGGGCAGCGUCGUCCACGUGCUUCUUUGACCCUCCGAAUACCAGACCAGCUUUAGAUUGCGAUUGCAAAAAAGGGAAAAGAGCGAAAGUGUCUGUUUUAAUAUAUCUGUUAGAGCUUGUAGAACUGGACUUUGACGAGUGGUAAAUCCCACCCGCGUAGCUCUGCGUUUCAUUAAAACAGCCACUUUCAAAGUAUUUUGCAACUGCUAUGUGACGGCGGUCUGCUGCACACGCCCCUUUACUGCCCUCCCGUUCCCCUCUCCUCCUCCCCUUCCUCUCUCUCCCCCUGUGUUUUUUUUUCUUUCUUUCUUUUUUUUUGUUUUUUAGCAGUUAAGCGACUUCUUUGCAUCUCACGGUGUAAUCUCUCUCUGUGUCGUAUAUACAGAACACAUACCAGUUGCAUCCUUUGUAGAACUAUGUGGUUUGCGAAAUGUCUUGUUUGCCAUGUUUGAGAUCGUAUUUUUUAGAGAAGUAUUUUAAUUUUUUUUUGCCUUCUUUUUAAGAAAAAUAUAAAAAAUCAAAAGUUAAAAAAAAAAAAAAUCAUUCAAAAAAAAAUCAGCAUGCUUUUUAUUGAGAAUAUGUAUUACUAUAAACCUUAUUAUAAUAAAGAAUGUUUUGGCUGACACUAAUGUGGUAAAAGAAAGCAAAGGGUUUGGACAUUUCCCCUUCUUCUUCUUCUUCUUGUUUAUGUUGUUCUUCUCCCACUAUCUGUUUCUCUUGUGUAAAAUGACCACCAGACCCAUUUGACUGGGGACCCAAGGGGGAGACAGGUGUAGAUGCUGGCCCAGCUUUGCUCUCUUUGGUCGGGGUAAGUGCAGGUUGGUGCUCCUUUCCUCUCUCCAGCCUCUCAAACUCAGUGCAGACCAACUCAACCAAAGGGUUUUGGGGUUAAUUUGCAUUUGAGAACAUGCAUUUCAGCGAUUCAUUCUGGCUCUGUAACAUUAAAAGUUAGAAAAAAAUGAUUUUUUUCUUGUAGGAAUGAUGUUUUGGCACAGUGAGAGCUGGGGAGAGGCACACAGAUAGAAUGGCCUGGGUGCAUUUUGAUCUGUGGAGCAGUCCUGUUUCCUUGGGCGGGUGGGGGGUUUGAUGGGUGUGUGUCUGGUCUGGUCUGGUCUGGUAUCUCUCCCCUGCUGUACCAAAUUCUCCCUCUCCGUGUGUCUCUGUGUCCUCUCUGCUCUCAGACCUGCAUGUGUGAUAAUCUGUAACUCUGCCGCACAAACAAACAAACAAACAAGCCCCACGUCAGUCCAGCUUGACUAACUAUCUCAACUGAAAUAGGUCACCGUGCCGCCUGGAACGGCCGGGGUGCAGCCGUGCGUGAGCGUGGCGGCGUGAGCCAUGGGGACGACUUUUAGCGCGACGCCAACGCAGCGGGAACUCGUUCUCUCUCUCUCUUCACCACCAAGGUAAAUAAAAAAAGUUUACAAAAAAAAACAAAACAAAACGCAACAACAGCAGCAAAGAAAUCAUAAAGAGCACUGACUUCCCCUCUCCCAACCUGCCGCCCCCUCCUUUGACUGUGCCUUGAACAAACACUCCUCCCCCACCUCCCUCCUCUCCACACUGCCAUCGCCACCUUCCUCCCCCACCUCCCCCAGUCCGUAACUCCUCCUCUGCUGCAGUGGCGGUGCCGCGGCUACAGCCUUGGGCUUCUCCUCUGUGGGUUUGGUGGGCAGGGUUUGGGUGGGGUUAGGACCCCUGCACAGGUCUCAGUCAAGUCUUGCAAUCAGCUUUAGGAGGCGACUGGCGCGCCCUCUCUGUCCUGCUGGUGUGUGUCUGUGUGUGUGUGUUAAAGAGAAAGAAAGCUUUUUUGUUUGUCUAUUUUUCUGUGGGCGGUAUUUCAUUGAUUGGUGAGGCUUGACACCCCCACCCUACACACCCUCCCCCCUGCCCUCGCCACCGCCGUAUUCGCCGCCCCUUGCCCCUUCCCUGCCCGCCCCGGUUCCCUCCUUCUUCCCUCUUCCCUCUCUCACACCUCCUCCUCCUUAACCCCGCCCUCCUGUGCGCCUCUCCUUUCCGCCGUUCACACACAAAUACACAGCGCUUUUUUUUUUUUUCUUCACCCCCCUACUCCCGCCGCCACCGCCGCCGCCACCACCACCACCUUGGAUCUGGGUUUGUGGCUCUGGCUCGGACUCAGACUUCCCAGAACCACCCACCUAAACCCAAACUUCCCACCCACCCUCCUUUUGUUACCGUAGUGGCCUGGGCGUGCCAACGGACAGUGUAUGUGUGGUGGCCCGCCGCCGGACUCAGUAACACGACACAGAGAGACUUCAGUGUUGGACGAGCCGCUUUGCUGAAACUGUUGAAUGAUGGGUUUGCGCCACACAGCUGUGGAAGGGAUUGUAACUCCCAUAAGACCUUAGCGCCAUCACAAAACGAGAUAAACCAACAGGGGGUUUGCCUUGGGUCCCUCACAGCCUGUGUGCCAAUCAGAAACGUCCUAUAAGAUCGGCCGAGCUAAUAAGGCCAGUCUGACCUGAAGAUUCUCACCAAUCUCGGGACUCCUGUAGGACUUUUCUGGUACAGCAGCUCUGUUUCUCUAAUCCUAGUGUCAGCUGGACCGGCUGGAUAUGUGCUAUGAGUGACUUGUAUGAGGUGUGGCUAUUAAAUAAUGAGACGUCACACCGGUUUGACUCACAGAAGCUCUGUUUUGUUGUUUAACAGCCACGCCUCGUCUACAUUCUUACCUGUUAAGACUAUUGAUGCACACACACAGUCCCGCACACACUCGCUGUAUGUCAGAUGAGUUUGUCUCACAUUUGCUCCGACCGCUGCGAGACGGAGUCGAGACAAGCGUGGCGCUGCCUUUCUGUCCGCCUAACAAACUAAAAGGAGGUGGGGAGGAUUGAGUAGAUGACUUACUGAUAAGGUGAGUUGGUAGUGGAAGGAUCCUUUGGCCCAAAGCUACUUUCUAACCUCACCUUUCUGAUCUUGGAGCAUCCCAUAAUAGAGUCACUGGCCAGAACCUUAUCAAAAGGAAACGUUGUCGCACACAGUGUCUGUGCUAAUAAUAACGAGCCCUAGAAUCUGAUGUCUCUGUUGCUUGGAUACAAAGUGCAAAAAAACAGAUUUUUUUUUGCGUUCACAGACACAUUAAGUUUUUUUUAAAAAACACAAAUGAUGAGUUCAUCAUGUUUGGAUGCAUUUAGAGGCCAGUUUUAUUUCUCUCCAAAGGACCAAUGUGUAGGAUUUAGUGGCGUUCGAGGACUGGACGUGUAGUGCAGGAUCCAUAGUCCUACAUUAGUGCACAUUUGCCUAGAAAGAAGGAUUGUGGGUAUUUGACAGAUGCAGAGGCCAUGUGUAGAUGUGGUGAAAGACCAAAAAGCACAUAUCCUGAAUGCUGAUUGGCCGAAAAGCUGGCUCGAACAGGAAAGGGAGCAAUAGUGCAGUUCACCACAAAGAGGAACAACUGUGUCCGUUUUCAUUGCUUUCAGUCACUCGGUUUCACUUUACUACAAAGGACCAACGAAAGCACAAAAACAAGGGUAGCCUGUGUCACUAAAUGGCGCACACAUUUACAACCAGGCCGCCAUGGCAACAGCACUCAACCACAGCGUGAAGUUGUGAGUCUGCAGACCUCAGCGUAGCAAAGAUUAGAGAAAACGUGAAGGGCUCUUUACACUAAUGAAAACAAACACAACUAUGAGUACUGCAUGUAAUACUGUAUGUAAUAUAGUCACAGGCGAUUGCCCACUCCCUGAGCAUGGUCCGUCUGGAGGUUUGCUCCUGUUGAAAGGGAGUUUUUCCUUCCCACUGUCGCCGAAGUGCCUGCUCAAAGAGGGUCGUCUGAUCGUUGGGGUCCUCUCUGUUAAUGUAGGGUGUUACCUUCCAAUCUAAAGCGCCUUGAGGCGACUGCUGUUGUGAUUUGGCGCUAUAUCGAUAAAAUUGAACCGAGUACUGCAUUCUGUUUCCACGAGUAAAUCCUACACACUGGUCCUUUAAGCAGUGCAGCUGAUGAAACCCCUCCUCAGCCUCCAUGAUCAGGGCACACGGUGCUCCAGUUUUUUUCCCCCCUCCAGCCACCUCACCCCUCCCCUCCAACUCUGCCGGCUCCUCACUAAAAAGGCUUCUUCUGGUGCUUGUGAGUCUAGGCUUCCCGUGCUUGGGUGAAUGCAGCCACACAUCUCUUAAGCACCCCCGACCUCCCCGCGCACCCUCUUGCUCUGAAUUCACAGACAGACAGAGCUGCAGCCUCCUCUCUACUUCCACUUCCUCACCCAAACUCCCCCUGCCUUCUGUGGUUUGGACAGCUGAAGAACUGAGAUACUCUGCACACACACACACACACACAUUUAUAUAGAUAUAUAUUUGUGUAUUGUGUUGUUUUUUUUGAUGGGAUCCCACAGGGUACAGCAGACACCGGCAGAGAUGUCCGGAACAGAACCCGCUCCGGCUUAGGUUUGAGCCCAGCCCUCACACUGUAGACCGUAAUGCCUUUUUUUAGUUGAAGCAGGUUUCAUUAACAAGACUUUUCUAGGUCAUCUAGCACAGAUGUGAAUCACAGAAUCACACUUCUAAGGAUGCUUAUCCUCUCUUCAGAUAAAAGCAUCAGGAGUGUCUUAUCUCACACGUUACCUCGUAUAGAGGGGGGCAGACAGCAUGUGAACGCCAGCAGGAUGCAGUGCAGCUCAAUACAAAAAUCACUGCAUUUAUUGAUCAUUUAUAAGGUUUUUUUCCCCCUCAUAACUGCAGUAAUAGUGUGUUGGCUGGCAUUCAUGUUAUUUUGUCCACCCUUCUGCCCUUAUAUGAUUACAGGCCACCUGAGGCCAAGCCCAUCUUUUUUUCCUCCCUCUCCACGGACCAUUUCAUUGUCAGCAGUCCCACGGUGGCAUUAUGUUUAGCCAUUUCAGUUCCCACGGCUCAGCGGGUGCUCAGUCACAAACUUAAUUGUAACCACAAAUAGUCGCACAGUAGCUAAGCUUCUUCAAGUAGGUUAAUGGACCAAGCUUAGUGUAGUUAAACGAAAUGCCUCAGUUAAUUACAAUUAAUCGUUCUAGUUUCCAAAGACGUCAGGGGUGACAGAAUAGUGUGUCAUCUCAAGAGGAGAGCGAUCGGGAUCUGCUCCUCUUUCAAAGAAAUCGAAUCCAGCACAAACGCUGAACGAUGAGGGGAUUUUCACACCGUGAAUGUCGGAUCAAACAUUUGCGUCAACAUGUUUACUGUGAAUGACAAGUCCUGAUAUGAAGACAAUUAUACUGUAUGGUUGUGUGUGCAUAUAUUUAUGCCUUUUAGUCUGUAUUUCUUAAGAUGUUGAGGUAUUUUUUUUCAGUCUGCAUGAACAAAAAUCAUGAAUAAAUCUUUUUGUUUCUCAUA